AUGGAAACCUAUGACAUAGAGCAGCUGUCUCAGUAUGCUGAACAAGGUGAUCUAAAUAGCAUCUCACGUAUGUUUGACCACUACUCUUAUCUCAGUAAGGAAAGAAACCAAUUACAGUUGUGUAAACUGCUGUGUAUAGCGUCUCAGAACGGACACGUAGACAUCGUGGAGUACUUGAUAAAGAAUGGAACUGAUGUCAAUGAAACGAAUGAAGAUGGAUGCACUUCACUGUUCGUGGCAUCUCAGAGCGGCCACACAGACGUUGUAAAAUACUUGAUAAAAUGCCAGGCUGACGUCGCUACUACCGAUGAAUACGGGCGUACAUCGUUGUAUAUUGCAUCUCGGAUUGGCUGUCUCGAUAUAGUAGAGUAUUUAUCUCGGAAUGGUGCUGACGUCAAUGCAAAAAAUAAAGAUUGGUUCACAGCACUAAUGGUUGCAUCUUAUUAUGGCCAAGUAGAUGUGGUAAAAUAUCUGACGAAUAAGGAAGUCGACGUGGAUGCAAAAAACAAAGAAGGGCGUACCUCACUGUUUAUUGCGGCUGAGAAAGGCUACCUUGAAAUUGUAAAAUGUUUGUUGGAAAAACGGGCCGACGUUAACGUUAAAGAUGGAAAUUGGUGCACAGCGCUGCAUGCUGCAUGUCAAAUGGGAUAUCGAGACAUUGCUGAAUGUCUGAUAAAUGCCGGAGCUAAAGUUGAUGUAAAAAAUAAAAAGCAGUCUGAAUUUCGAAGUCCUUUGGAACAGUCGUCCCCGGUCUCGUCGUUACUUGAAUCGUCCUGGAUAAAUAAUGCUGACAUUUUAAACAAUAUGACAAAAAAUAGUGUUGACACAAAAGCAAACCAUGAAAAUCAGUGGACAGCACUGAUGUUUGCUUCCUUAAAUGGACACUUCAAUGUGGUAAAAUAUUUGUUUACACCGUUAAUGUGCGCUUCACAAAAUGGUCAUACAGAAAUUUUGAGUUAUUUGAUGAAAAAUAUGGCUGACAUUAAUGCGAAAAGUAAACAUCAGUCUACACCGCUGAUGAUCGCAGUUGUGAACGAACAGUUAGAUAUCGUUAAACUUUUGUUGGAAAAUGGAGCCAAAACUAAUCCAGCAGAUAAUGAUGACAUAUAA